CUCCGGCUAAUCGCCUGGCGGCGCGCGUGGAGAAGUUCUGGGCAAAGUAUUGAGAACUGGCCGCGUGCUCGCGGCGCCCGCCAGCCAGCCCGGGAGAGGGGACCCUAGCGCAACGCGGCCGGUGCGCAGCGCGGCUCCGGCCCGGCAGUCUGUCCGCGAGCGGUCGUUCCCGCCCCAGACUCCUGCGGCUGGUGCGGGAGCUAUCAGCUGCACGUUCCAGGGGUCCGGAGAAGCCCGGGUUGUCUUCUCUCGGGUCUGUGCGCGAACCCCAGAGCCCGGCACCGGGAAACUAGGAGGCGUCUCCGGCGGCACAGCGCUCAGGUUUUAGGGUUUCCUUUUGGCCACCCAAAAUGCUUUUUAAACACAUUGGAUAGGAGCUGAACCACCUGCCUCUCAAUACUCUCAGCUCCCUUGUGGUCGGACUGCAUUUUGACUGUCUCGAGGCCAAGUGACUUGCUGCCCAUGAUGAGUGAUGAGAAGAACCUUGGUGUGUCCCAAAAAUUGGUGUCACCCUCAAGGAGCACAAGUAGCUGCUCUUCCAAGCAAGGAAGUCGACAGGACAGCUGGGAAGUGGUGGAAGGACUGAGGGGGGAGAUGAAUUACACCCAGGAGCCACCAGUUCAGAAAGGAUUUUUGCUGAAAAAGAGGAAAUGGCCCUUAAAAGGCUGGCACAAGAGAUUCUUCUAUCUUGACAAAGGAAUCUUGAAAUAUGCCAAGAGCCAAGCUGAUAUAGAAAGAGAGAAGCUGCAUGGCUGCAUUGACGUCGGGCUGUCAGUAAUGUCUGUAAAGAAGUCAUCAAAAUGCAUAGACCUUGACACCGAGGAGCACAUCUACCAUCUGAAGGUCAAGUCAGAAGAAGUCUUUGAUGAGUGGGUAUCGAAACUUCGCCACCACAGAAUGUAUCGUCAGAAUGAAAUUGCCAUGUUUCCACAUGAAGUUAACCACUUUUUCUCAGGGUCCACCAUCACAGACUCUGCAUCUGCGGUGUUUGACUCCAUUUCAAGUAGGAAGCGUAGCAGUAUAUCAAAGCAGAAUUUAUUUCAAGCUGGAAGCAAUUUAUCGUUUUCUUGUGGCGGUGAGACACGAGUUCCAUUAUGGCUGCAGUCUUCAGAAGACAUGGAAAAAUGCUCCAAAGACCUGGCGCACUGUCACGCCUACCUGGUAGAAAUGAGCCAGCUGCUGCAAAGCAUGGAUGUCCUGCAUCGGACAUACUCAGCACCAGCUAUCAACGCCAUCCAGGGUGGAGCUUUUGAAAGUCCCAAAAAGGAAAAAAGAUCGCACAGGAGGUGGCGGUCCAGAGCUAUUGGCAAAGAUGCUAAAGGAACGCUGCAGGUCCCCAAACCUUUUUCUGGCCCAGUAAGACUACACUCCUCCAAUCCUAAUUUGUCAACACUAGAUUUUGGAGAAGAGAAAAAUUAUUCUGAUGGCUCUGAAACCUCAUCAGAGUUUUCUAAAAUGCAAGAAGAUCUGUGUCAUAUUGCCCAUAAAGUUUACUUCACUUUAAGGUCAGCUUUUAAUAUCAUGUCAAUGGAGAGAGAGAAACUGAGGCAGCUGAUGGAGCAGGAUGCCUCCUCCUCCCCAUCUGCUCAGGUCAUUGGUCUGAAGAAUGCCCUGUCAUCCGCCCUAGCACAAAACACAGAUCUUAAAGAACGUUUACACAGAAUCCAUGCCGAGUCUCUGCUCCUCGACCCUCCCGCUGUCGCCAAGUCGGGUGACAAUCUGGCAGAGGAAAACUCCAGAGAUGAAAAUCGAGCUCUGGUUCAUCAGCUUUCUAAUGAAAGUAGACUCUCCAUCACUGACUCCCUUUCCGAGUUUUUUGAUGCUCAGGAAGUUCUGUUAUCUCCAAGCUCUUCAGAAAAUGAGAUUUCUGAUGAUGACUCAUACGUCAGUGACAUAAGUGAUAAUCUUUCCUUAGAUAAUCUCAGUAACGAUUUAGAUAAUGAGAGACAGACCUUGGGGCCUGCCCUUGAAAGUGGUGGAGAAGCAAAGUCCCAGAGAAGAACGUGCCUGCCAGCACCCUGCCCGGGCAGCAGCAACAUCAGCCUGUGGAACAUCCUGAGGAACAACAUUGGGAAGGACCUGUCCAAGGUGGCCAUGCCUGUGGAGCUGAACGAGCCCCUCAACACGCUGCAGAGGCUCUGCGAGGAGCUGGAGUACAGCGAGCUCCUGGACAAGGCUGCGCAGAUUCCCAGCCCCCUGGAAAGGAUGGUGUAUGUGGCAGCCUUUGCCAUAUCAGCGUAUGCGUCUAGCUACUACCGAGCUGGGAGCAAGCCAUUUAAUCCGGUUCUGGGAGAAACGUACGAAUGUAUUCGGGAGGACAAGGGCUUCCAGUUUUUUUCAGAACAGGUCAGCCACCAUCCGCCUAUCUCUGCGUGUCACGCUGAGUCUGGAAAUUUUGUUUUCUGGCAAGAUGUGAGAUGGAAAAACAAAUUCUGGGGCAAAUCCAUGGAAAUUGUUCCAAUUGGCACAACCCAUGUGACUCUGCCAGCUUUUGGUGAUCAUUUUGAGUGGAACAAAGUGACCUCUUGCAUCCAUAACAUCUUAAGUGGGCAGAGGUGGAUUGAGCACUAUGGAGAGAUUGUCAUCAAGAACGUGAAUGAUGAUUCCUGCUACUGCAAAGUGAAUUUUAUAAAGGCGAAAUACUGGAGCACUAACGCCCAUGAGAUUGAAGGCACAGUGUUUGACAGGAGUGGAAAAGCAGUGCAUCGGCUGUUUGGGAAAUGGCAUGAAAGCAUCUACUGCGGCGGCUCCUCCUCUUCUGCUUGUGUAUGGAGAGCAAAUCCCAUGCCGAAAGGCUACGAGCAAUACUAUGGCUUCACACAGUUCGCGCUGGAAUUAAAUGAAAUGGAUCCAUCGUCCAAGUCUUUAUUGCCACCUACUGACACUCGAUUUAGGCCAGACCAGAGGUGUCUAGAGGAAGGGAACUUAGAAGAAGCUGAAAUACAAAAGCAGAGGGUGGAACAGCUACAGAGAGAAAGGCGGCGGGUCUUAGAAGAAAAUCACAUGGAGCACCAGCCUCGGUUUUUCAGGAAAUCCAUCGAUGACUCUUGGGUGAGCAACGGCACCUAUUUGGAACUUAGAAAAGAUCUUGGUUUUUCCAAACUGGACCAUCCUGUCUUGUGGUGAAAAAGUAAAGAAGAAAGAUAAUGUUAGUGUAUUUCUCCUGUGUUUGCUUCCUGAAGCUGCACAAACCUGUGUUUAUGUAUUUAAAAGAUACUCUAGGAUGAUCACUUAUGCUUAGCUUAGCAUUGUAACUAUUUAAGUCUAUAUUUUCCUCAAUGAGUUUCUUUACAAUUUCAAAUGUUACCCUGAUUGUUUAUAUGAAUGUAGAAUACCUUGAUAUUUCUUUUUAUAUGUAAACUAAUAAAAAUGAAAGAUUGAAUGUUCAUGUGUGGGUUAAAAAAAAGAAGCUUUAACACUAAUUUUCCAAAGGUUAGGGAAGCUUCCAAUUAAAUUUAUGCCUUAUAAAAUUACGUUGUAGGAAAAAAAAAUCAACCUCUUCCAGGUGCAUUAAGAAAUAAGAAUACCCAGGGUUACUCAACCACGCAUAAGCUACCGAAGUUUAAUUCGGUAGCUGAGAUAUCUUUUUGCCUCAGACAGCUCUUGAAUUGCUCAUACAGAACAAUUCUGCUGGUGCUGGAGUCUGAAGAAUAUUUUCAUUUGCAUUUUAGUGGUUAGGGAGAGGAUGUAAGAUUAAUGGAAUGUAUAUUUUUGUAUAAGAUGAAUAUGGCACCUUCUUGAAGAGGAAGCAUUUGAACUUGUUUCUCCCUAUAGUUCUGUUGCCUUAAAUGCAAAAGCGUACCCUCUUGCUCAGAGAAACUGUCGUUAAUAAGAGAAAAAAAAUCCAAUUAAUUAAAAAUUGUAAUAGCAUCCCAGAGAGACAGUAGGAAAUUUCUCCUCAGUGGGAGCUGAAUCCUUGAGAGGUUAAGAGACCGUUUCCUGCUUCCCACCCCACCCCUAGUUUUUUGACCCUCUGUUUGAUCACAUCCCUGUUGAGUAUAGAAUGUCCCAGUUUAAUAUAAAACGUGUAGUUUAUUCCACACAGCAGUUUGACUUUGUAAAAGUUUAGCAAAAUAAUUGUUUCGAAUAACUCAACAUGUUUUUCUUAAAUGCUGUUUCAGUAUUUUCUACCUCUUAAUAAGCACCAUAUUUUAGAUCUUGUAUAAAAAGUUUGCCAUCUGCCUUAUAGACAAAUGUAGAGAAUUGAUGUUCUUGCUUUGUGUUGUGUUCUGGCAAAGCUUUAAGUAAGUGUCUUACCCCUUUCCUAUACUUUCUUGUUAUCCAUAUCACUCUUUUGUGAGUUUUACAGCAGUCUUGAAUAAUACAAAUUAUAACUAUUGAAAGGGGGAAACUUUGUCUUCUUAAAUGUGUUAUUUCAAUUUACAAUAAUAUAAUUUGUGUAGUAGUUGAAUUGUGUUAUCAAAGCAAUUCCACCUUCUGCCCGGAUGACAUUAAAACCAAAGCCUAAUUGUUAAGCCUUUUAUUCUCAAGUCGAUAGCAGUCCUAUGGAAUAUCAAGUAUAAUGAUGUGGUCUAAAGAUUUCUCCAGAAAACACUUUUAGAUCCUUACAUUCAGAGCAUGUCAAAUGUUAUGAAUGAAGGGUAAAAUAAUUACAGGAAAAGAAUGCAUGAUUUUUCAUUGUCACACCAAAUAACCAGUUGGACAAUAUUGCAUUUUCAAAAUGGAGAGUUAUUUAAAGUGGAUCUGUAGCCUUCUGGAAUCCACGCGUGACUGGCAUUUUAAAACAACUCAUUAAAUAUGGGAUUCAUUUUAUUGAGAUGCCAAGAUGAGCACAAUAUGAGUAUCAUUUCCAUUUCUAAGCAGUUGAAUGACACAGUCAGAUUCUUUGGCGUGUGCUUUGUUCUUUUCAUUGCAAGCAUUUAUCCAAAUUCUGCUCACAGACAUGAGGAAGCAGGCUGAGAUUGAAGAGCACUCAAGGGGAAAACAAAUGUAGUUUCCACAAUGUGUGGGUAAAUGUAGAAUCUUAGUAAUAUUGGCUGUUAAAUUGGCCUGCUCCAGAGACUGGCUCAAAAAAGAAAGAAGCAACAAAAACAAAAUGUACAGCCUGCAGGGAUGUAGUGUUGUCAUGUGGCAUUUGGAAAUUCUUUAAUUAUCCUAAUGUUAUUAUUUCAGUUGCUCUUAUGCUUUAUUUUAGAAUCCCAAGGACAACAGGACUAAGUAUCACCUCUCUAGUCAUCUUAUUUGAGAUGAGGGUGGGGAUGAAUUAAAAUAUGAUACAGAACUAUGUGCAGCUUUUAAAAUCUAACUAGUCAGUACUAGCAUCUAUAAAGGGCUUUUCUGAAAUUUAAACAGGUUGGUGAUGCAUCCUGAUAUUAUAAGCUUAAAACUAUUUUGAAAGGGAAAUGGCUUCCUUUUUCCUUCUGUCCCUUUUCUGAAAAUCAUCUAGAGACACCAAAUUUGUGUCUCUAGGACAGUUUAUAGUUUUAAGAGAAAGAAACAGAAAUGUGGCAUCAUUUGGGAAGAACCAAUGUACAAUUUAAUUUUCUGGAAUUUAAAUCUCCUGGUUAAAUAAUACUAAUCACUGUCCCAUUUGAGUUACUUGUUUUAACCUCUUUUUUUUUUCCUACUUAUUCCAUCCAAAAUUUCUGGUGAAAUACACAGAAAUUCUUGGAAAUGGAACUUUGUGCAGGUAACCACCACCCUGCACCUCAGGUGAUGUUCCUGUUAUAGCUAUCUACUACCCCACACUGCAGGAAAUCCAUUCAGAAAUGAGCAAACAGUCUCCAGUGUAGCAGGAGAGCCAAUCAGUUUCCUCCCCAGGCCCCUGAGCACCCCACGGCUGGUAUUCCCUUGAGUCAUAGGUAUGUAUUAAUAAUAAAAGCCUCAAUGCAGCUUCUCCGUGUAGUUCCUCUCCUAAAGCCAGGUGGAUUCUGGUCCUAACUAAAGAGAUGGGAGUUCACUUGAGGGCAGGAAGAGCCCAGGGUGCCCUAACAGCCCCACAGUUGUCUUGUGCUUCCUGUGAGGCUCCCUGGGGAGGAAUAUUCAAACUAAUAUUUUGUAAAUGUUUACUUCAUUUAGGCUGCUUCUCUUCUCAUGUUCUGCUUUAAUUACUUGCAGUAAGUCGUUUGCUUGGGCUUCAAGCACUGUCCUCAUUCUCCAUCUUCCAGAUUUAUCAUGAGUGAUCUUGUUCUACUGUUAAUGAUGUCAAGCCUAAAAAGGAAAUAAUAAAUUAUUUGGCUGUUGAACUUCGAUGUAGGCCUACUACAUACACUAUAAGUUAUGCCUUCUGGCUAUCACAGAAUCUCCACAGACCUUUUAGUUAUAAGUAGAAGCAAUAAGAAGUUGUUCUUAUGAUCUUAGGAAUAGUUCCAAUGUAUUGGCAUAAUUGGUUUGAAUGUCUUUGAUUUUGAUAUUAACAUCAGCAUAAAUCUAUUUUUGCUACCAGAUGAUAGCUAUUUCAUUUGCUCAGUUUUCCUCUGCAUUGUAGUAAUUAUCUGUUAUGAGUGUUAGUCUUCACUCUUCUGUGUUGGAAACCUGUGUCAUGUAAAUAUCUGCAAAUCAUGACAGUCUAAAGUGCAAACCAUUUUCAGAGACUGGUUUGGGGAAUGCAAUGAUCAGAAGUGGCUAAUUUAUUUUAUUUCUUAUUAUUUUAUCCAGAGGAUACUUUUUUAAUGGAUAUUUGUAAAUCUUCCACUUAACCAUUGAAAAUUAUUUUCUGUUUUAAUCCCACCCUUCCAUCCAUACCUAUGUGCCUCCCAGAAAGCUCCUAUUAAUUUGCUUAUCCCCCUCAUGUAGCUAGUUGAAUGUGAAUAAAUAAUGUGGAAAAAAGGCU